GUUACAUCAGUAUAAAUGUAUAAUAAAAGAACAAUAAAUCUUGAUGAAAACAAACAACAUGAAGAAGAACUUCUUCAAGCUCAUUUAGUUUUCAAACCUCCGCCCUACAUUGGGGAGGAGAGUGAUCGAACAAGAGACAGAAAGAGGAUGAGAAUCCUGCUUUAUGGUUUUCUCAUUCAUCUACCAGCUUCAAUUCUUCCGAUUCAGAUAGUUCCAUGGUGGUCCCGCAGUAUAGAUUACAACAAGAACCCUUUACCUCGGGCAUCCUUUGCUGGCUUUGGGUUGGGCUCACGUGAAACCGUCAAAUGUUCAGUUUCUGGUUGGGAAGGUCCGAACUGUGAAUUUCCUAUUUGUGAGAAUGGGUGUGGGGUUCAUGGUAAAUGUGUCUUCCCUGAUAUUUGCAGAUGUGAAAUAGGUUAUAUUGGAAAACGAUGCCAUGAAUGUAUAAAACAUCCAGAAUGUCAUAAUGGAAACUGUAUUGAAUAUCUGGACUGUAACUGCUAUCCUGGUUGGACAGGACGAUAUUGCGCCACCCCUGCUUGUAGGGAUGGAUGCAGUAAACAAUUUGGCAGCUGUAAGGUACCUGGAGAAUGUGUUUGCCUGCCUGGAAGUGGAUAUCAAGGAGAAAACUGUACUCAAUGUACAAGAAUGCAAGGAUGUGAUCAUGGUUACUGCAAUCUUCCAAAUGAAUGCAUCUGUGAAGAAGGAUGGACUGGAACGUAUUGUGACACCCCAGUUUGUAAAGAUGGAUGUAGUUCUCAUGGAUACUGUAGAAAUCCCGGUGAAUGUAUUUGUAAAGUAGGAUACAGGGGUGAACUAUGUGAUGUGUGUGUACCAUAUCCUAAUUGUGAAAAUGGAUUCUGUAUUAAACCCUGGCAAUGUUUAUGUGAUGAGAACUGGAGCGGAGUGUAUUGUAAUGAAACUAGUGACCUAGGUUUAGAUAAACCUAUGAGUAGGAAUUCUUUAACUUUCCCUUUAAAACCUAAUUUGCCACAACCACGGUUAAUAAAGAAAACAAAUCUAGACUUGGAUGCGUUAGUUGCCUCUAUUUUGGCGCAAUCUUCAAAAGCUGAAAUUGCAAAACCUUCCUCGGCAGCAAAACCGGUAAUAGCAGAGCCAUCAACUACAUCUCCAACAACUAAAUCUCCAACAACAACAACAGCGUUACCAACAACAGAAAAGGCACCAAGUACAUCAACAAUGUUGGUAACUUCAGAUUCAGAAGAAGAUGAAUACAGUGAAGAAUCUGAAGAAUCUGAAGAUUCUGCUGAUACGCCUAAUGCUCUGGACGAUCUACCUGCUGAUCUUCAGGGUGAUGGUCAAGGAGGUUUAGGAGGGUUUAGGAGACGACCAAGAAGGAGAAGGAAGAGGGUGAAGGGUAAAUCUAAAGCAAAAUCUAAAGGCAAAAAAGGAAAAUUUAGGAACCCCGCCCAGGCGAAGAUUUGAGAGCUCUGGGCUGAGCCAGAUAAAUGGAUGAAACAAGACAGUUAUUUUAUAAUUAGUUUUCACAUUUUCAGUAAUAAAUUUAUUUUUAAAAUAUA